CUGAUCACCCAGUUCAUUCUGACCUUAGCUUCAGUAUUACCUAGUGGUUAUACUCCAGCUAGCACCUGACACUAGUACCAGUGAGUAGUACAGUAUUAGGGACCGAUACACCAUUGUUGACAGGCAAAUCAGCGAGAGUUAAGCAGAGAUGAGGAGCUACGCAGCUGUAGUCGGGGCCGCGCUGCUCGCCCUUGGCGCGCUGCUACUCCCCGCCCACCAUGUGAUGGCCGACACCAAGGCCAUGGCGCCGGCCAAUGGCAUCUCCAUGCCCCCGUCGCCGGCCAAUGACACGGACAUGGCACCGUCACCGUCGUACGUGAUGCCGCCGCCGCCGGUCUACCCGUUCGUCAUCGUGCAGGGAGUGAUCUACUGCAAGACUUGCAGGUCCACGCGCUACAACCGUGACAUGGACGCAUCGCCCCUCCAAGGCGCGACGCUGCAGCUGGUGUGCUACGGGAAGAAGGUGGUGAACGUGACAGCGACGGCCUCCGACGAGAACGGCUACUUCCUGGUGAUGUUCUACGACCUGGCCAACUUCAACCAGCGCAACUGCAAGGUCUUCCUGGGCACGUCGCCGACGCCGCUCUGCAACAAGCCCGUCUACCCGCCGAACAAGGGCGUUGGGCUCUCGAUCAUCAAAGAGACUAUCACCACACCGCCGGUGGGGCUGCAGGGAAUCUACUGCCCCACCAGCGUCCUCUUCUACGGCCCAUCUGUCGCUCGGAACUGUCCAUCAAACUGACCGCGCGCGCCGCAUCUAAGUAUCGACCCGGCUAGAAGCGAGUGAGUUAGUCCUCUAUAGUUAUAUGCAUUGUUGAUGGAUUUCUCAGCGUGUUGCAAACUUGCAAUUGCAAUGGUGUGUGUUUAUGUGCGUGUUGUUACUUGUAGCCAAUGUACGUUCGGUUCAGUUUUGCCAGUGUUUAGGCAAUGGUGUGUGUUUAUGCAUCGUUUGUUUUUCUC